AUGGCUUCGGCUUCUGACAACCGCUGUCGGUUUCUCUCUGCUUCCAGUUCCAGUAUAGCAUCUCGCUCUUCUUUUGUACGACGGUUGGCUGAUCGUGGUGCGAAUUUGAGAGCCGGUUUAGUUGGCCCACCUAGCUCAUCGCGUGAGAGCGAUCCUCCUCUAGGUCCUAUGCUUCCUCCGGGUGUUCUUCUGUUCAGAGAUUGUAAUCGUUGGACGGGUGGCCGUGUGGAGGGUGUCGUCGACGAGGAGGCUACUUCUGUAGAGUUCGCAGGCGCCGUUUCUCGCUCGCCUGGCCGUCUGGCUGCGCCGCGUCCGGCUGCUUUGGGAGGCAUCUCGGCCAGAGGACGUCUGAAUUUGUGGCUCACAAAGCUAUCAGUCUAA